AAUACGGAACCGUAACCUCCAUUUACUACAUGAAUUCAUAUCAACAGGUAGUAAAUACCGGCUCUCAACCGCCUACUGUGUACGAUCAGAAAUAUAUAGAUUUCGUGGAUAAUGUACUGAAGGAAGUAGCCGACGAUUUUGAGAGAGAGAAAAAAUUCUCCGAUCAAAAUCUAUUGAAACUACACAAGCUGUUUGAUGGAGUAUUUGAAAGAGCCUUAGAUUUGUAUGAGCAACAACGAGUGACACAAAUUUCUACAUCUAAUGCGAUUAUAACAGAGCCAUGCAAAAGGGUUAACGAGGCCAGCUGGUUAAUGCAAGUUAAAGGGCAUUCUGGAGUAUUGUACACACUUUUUCCAGAAAUAAAUUAUUGUACUUGUGCUGCUUUCAGACAUCAGGUUUUAACAGAUCGGUCUGCUUUUACAUGUAAACAUGUUUUGGCAACUUGGCUAGCCAGUAUUGACAAGGAGAAGCUGUUACAUCAGCAACUAACACAAAAGCAGUUUAAUAAUUUAUUGUUAUAUCAGGCUUCAAACAAAUAUGAUAUAGCUACUUGCCUCGGUAGUGAAAAUGGAUUGAAAAUCACAGUCGAGGAUGCAAAAUGUAUGCAAGCCAGUGCAUAUAUCCCAUCUACAGUUUUUGAUGAAUUUGAAUUGAAAGAAGACGGUACAGGCUACCCUCUAAGUAUUAUCAUUGAAGAAGAUGGGAUCAUAACAGACUGCUCAUUGAAAACUUUAGAAGUAGAAGAAUUGUUAGAUUUCCAUCUUGAUACAGAAAACAUUGUAAAUAAAGUAGUGUUGCAAACAGAAUUAUUGAAGGCUGUCAUGGCUGAAUUAGAUCCAACUAGUCAACUAGUCGAGUUAUGUUUAUCGCCGGAAAAACCCUUCUUCAGAAUUAGUUUGGAAGGUAUAGGCAGCAUUUGCCACAUCGACUUGCCACAUGAUAACGAUUUAAUAGACACAUUUCAAUGUACGACAACGGUUACAUCCAAAAUUAAAUUAGAGUAUAUUAAACUAGCAAUGAAAGCGUUAUCAUGUGCGAGCAAGGUUUCCUUAAGAACUAAUAACGCCGGUCUAUUAUGUUUUCAAUAUAUGAUUAAAACCGAAAAUGGAAAUACAUGUUACAUGGAAUAUUACAUCUCUCCAUUAAUUGGAAAUUUGGAAUGAUAAACAGUGAUAAUAUAAACGUAUCAAGUUAGAAAUAAAAUAUAUUCAGA